AUGUACCACCAUGUACUAAAUCAAGAUUACAGUUUGAAAGCUGAAUGGCUGUAUAGUCAAGGCAAGGGGAGAGCAUACCGUCCUGGCCAGCACAUCCAGCUUGUCCAGUAUCUGGCUACAGUCUGUCCUCUCACUUCUACACUGGGUCUUCAAACUGCUGAGGAUGCCAAACUAGAGAAGAUUCUGAGCAAACAGAGGUUUCAUCAGAGGCAGUUGAUGAACCAAAGCCAGGAAGAGUUGUCUCCUCUUACUCCUGCCGAAGCAAGGACACCCCUUAUACCUGAACAUUCACGCCCUAUUCAAGAUUGCCAGUCAGUUCAAGAAAGUGAGCCUGUCAUCCAAGUCAAUUCUUGGGUUGGGACAAGUAGUAAUGAUGAUCAGUUAUAUUCUGUGAAGAAUAAUUUUCCAGCCUCUGUCCAUACUACAAGAUAUUCUGGAAAUGACCUGCAUCUCGAAGACAUACAGACAGAUGAGGACAAAUUGAAUUGUAGUCUUCUCUCUUCAGAGUCUACUUUUAUGCCAGUUGCUUCAGGACUUUCUCCAGUGUCACCUACAGUUGAGCUGAGGCUGCAGGGUAUUAACUUGGGCCUAGAAGAAGAUGAUAUUGCAGAUGAAUCUGUAAAAGGGCUGGAAAGCCAGGUCUUGGAUAAGGAAGAAGAAAAGACCUUAAGGGCCGCAAAUGAGAAUUCUGUUCAAGUGAUGAAAAGUGAGAUCAAUACAGAGGUAAAUGAGAAAGCUGGGAUAUUACCUUGUCCUGAGCCAACAAUAAUCAGCACCAUCUUGAAGGAUGAUAACCAUAGUAUUAAAUCUUUUCCUGAGACAGCUGGACUUGAUGUCUCCCAUACACAGCCAGAUGAUCAAGAAACCAAGUCUCAAAAAACUUCAGAGAAACUUUCCUGCAUGGUUUUAACCCAGACAUCUGUUGCUUUAGGACAUGAUAAAGUUGCCCUUCAGAAAUUGAAUGAAGCAGCCACCAAGCUUCAGGCCUGUUGGCGAGGGUUUCAUGGUAGGAACAACAACCCUCAAGCCAAAGAUGUGCGUUAUGAAAUCCGACUGCGCAGAAUGCAGGAGCACAUUGUCUGCUUAACUGAUGAAAUAAGGAGAUUAAGAAAAGAAAGAGAUGAAGAACGUAUUAAAAAAUUUGUUCAAGAAGAGGCUGUCAAAUUCCUCUGGUACCAGGUAAGGUGUCUACAAGUUUGGCAACAGACAGUGGACCAGCAUCUAAGUUCUUGGCCUACUGAUGUUCCUGUUAUAUCAAGUACUCUGGUGCCAUCUAAACCUCCGUUAUUUACUCAAAGUCAGGAACCCUCAUCUAACAAAAAUUCUGAUUGGUUCAUUGCUUCUAUUGAAGCUCCUCAAGAGAAAUCCUUUCCAGAAUUUCCAGACUCUGGUUUUCAUUCCUCCUUAACAGGACAAGUUCACUGUUUACAAGAUUCUUUGGAUUUUGAAAAAAGUUCCACAGAAGGAAGUGAAAGCUCCAUUAUAGGGAAUUCCACUCACACGGUCAAAUAUGCCAAAGAGUCAGAUUUAGGAGAUACCCUUAGUGAAGAACAUGGUGAAUGCAGUAAGGAAAGCUCAAAUAAUGAGCAGGCUAAUAGUCUGCUUGAACAGUAUUUAACUUCGGUUCAACAGCUAGCAGAGGCUGAUGACAGGACAGAUACUGAUGAAGGGUCAGAAGAUAAUAAGCUUCACAUACAUUGUUCCCUAGAAAAGUUAGAUACCUUGUCUAACAGUGCUUCUGCAGAUGAGACUCAUGGCAUAUCCCCUACUUUGCAAGAUGAAAUCAGCCAGAUACCAGAGAAUUGUGAAUUAAAUACGGAAGUUCAAGAGCAGCAGCCAGAAUGUGAUUCUACAUUUGAGCUAUUGCAUGUUGGUGUUACUGUGUAGCACAACUGGAUAUCUGAUCUCUUGGGAAGCUGAAAUCCACUUAACUUACCCUAAAAAUAUUUUUUCAGUUGCCUUUUUUUUUUUAAUGGAAAUACCUCCCCCCCCCCAAAUUGGUACUGUUUAUAUAGAAUUUGUAUUUUUGUGUCAUAUUUUCCAGAUUCUAGAUCCUGUGCUGAGUCUUCAUUUUGAUUUUCCUAGCUUUUUACUUAGCUGUAAAUGUACCAAACUAUAUUGAAAGCUAUAUGCACUUUAUUUCUUAACAACAGAAUUACAUCAAGAAAUGUUUGUUUCUUUCAUGUACUCAUUUCCUUUCAAAAAUAAACUAUAAUAUAUUAAAGUAAAUAUCAACCUCAAAGAUAUAAAUGAGAGAAUUUUGAUUCUUCUGUAUCUGAGGAAAUUAAUUAUGUAGAAGGAAUGUAAUUUGUUAAAGCAAAUAUAAAUGAGAAAUACUGAGGAUUGUUGAAUUAACUGAAAUUUGCCAGUUUCCUUGGAGUAAGAAUGUUUUUUUAAGCCUUGUUUUCCCUUCCCUUCUGAGUCAAGGAAAGUAUAUAAGCAAAUUUAGGAAGAAAAGAUAAGAUUAUAGGAUUUCUCAGUGUAGAUGACUAAAUUGACUCAUGGAAAACUUUAGUUAAUGUUAAUAUCAGUUUUAACAUAUCAAGUAAAAUGUUCCAUCUAGGAUUAAAAUCAAGCUUACUUAGGCAACACAAGAAUAUUUCACUUACAUAGGAAGAUAGGAGACACUAGACUCCAUUCACUUGGAAUAAUGUCACAGCAAACAUUUAAUUUCUCAUAAAGUGCUUUGUUACCCUACAAAUAAGCAUUUAUGUGCCAAUAUAUUGUCCGAAAUUAAUGUAUGUUCUUCUCUGUACCUGCUUAUAUUAUGUACUUAGCAGAAGUUUCAUGGCCAUUCACUUCACUUUUGACUUCUGCCCCAGUGUGAAGAAUGUUGUUUAAAAUAAUACUAGUGGUAGAA